CUCCUUCCGACUCGUUGCUCGAAAGACCUCCUGACGACGACGAUGGCACGGCCUCUGCCGAUCCUGCUUCUGCUCGGCCUCGCCGUCACUCUGUGCCAAGCCAAUCUGACGGACGAGUGCCUUUGGUGCAUGUGCUAUGUCUCUAGUAACGGAUGCAAGAUGCCGGAGCCAGUGUGCCAGAACAACGGCUGGGGGGAGGUGUGCGGCCCCUGGGCGAUGUCCAAGCCCUACUGGAUGGACGGGGGCAACCAGAAUGGAGACUUCUACGCAUGCGCCGAGGACUGGUCUUGCAAUGAAUCCACAGUUCGGAGCUACCUUGCCCGCUACGUAACCAGCCCAUACGCUACAUGCCAGUACUACGCCCGCACUCACGUGGGCGGCCCCAACGGAGGCUCUCAAGAAUAUACCUUGGACUACUGGUACCAAGUCAAGGACUGUCUGGACUAUGGAAUUUACACACCACCCUCAACAGGUUGAAUAAGCCAUGACCUAUCAGAUGGCUAUCAAUAACAACGUUUUCGUAUUGAGUUUUCUGUGCUGAAUAUUUGUGUAUUGAAAAAAUAACAUAAAUUGGAGUUC